AUGGCCGGCGCUGGUGUUCCCGUUCCAGUUCGCUUCCGCUAUCUACCAGCAUGUCUCCCCUUUCACUCCGGAUAUCCGAUCGAUACUUGUCGCCCGGGCCUGAUCCGCCGUAACGCGGUCUACCUGACCACCAUCUUCGCCAGUGCCUUUGCCUUCGAGCUGACCUUCGACACUGCCUCCAACAAGGUCUGGGAUUCUUUCAACCGCGGCCGCCAAUGGAAGGACAUCAAGCACCAGUACCUCAACAAGGCCGACGAUGAGGACGAUGAGUAG